UAUUAUACACGUUCGUCUGGUUUAUUAAUUCUUGAAUCUUUAUUGCCAUACGUAGUGUUGUAUGGCUAAUUUAGUUUUUUCUUUUUUUAUUUAUUGUUUUUGCUUUAUUGCAUUACUUGCUUCCAUUUAUUUAUGUCUAGAAUCUAUAAUAACUUCACUAUUACUGACAUUUCAGUACGAUUACGAUACUGCUACAUAUUACAAUUAGAUUAUUCUUUUGCCAAAGUUAGGUGUAGGUGAGCAAAAAAGUGUCUUUAAAACCAACAAUAUGUUGUCUUCCUGGAAUUCAGAUAAAAAACAUAGUGAAAUAGAAAGGUGGAUUUGCAUUUACCCUGCUUAUAUGAAUAGUAAAAAAACACUUGCAGAGGGCCGUAAAUUGCCAAGAGCUUAUUGUGUGGAAAAUCCUACCCAUCAAGAGAUUAGAGAUGUUCUUUUAGCCACAGGUCUACAUGUAGCUGUUGAAAACAAGCUAUAUCCGCGAGAAAGAAGUAAGGAAAUGCUGUAUAGAGGUAGAAUUCGAGUGCAAUUAAAAAAUGAUGAUGGUUCACCUAUUAAAUCCGAGUUCUCUACAAGAGAAUCUGUUAUGAAAUUCAUUGGUGAAUCAAUUCCUAAGCUGAAAACUCGUCAGAAUAGGCCUGCUGAUCAACAACCUCAAACAACAAGCCAAUCUAGUAGUAAGAGUAAGGGCAAGAAAGGACGUCGAUAAUUUUUUUAUAUAUGAUAAACUUAUUAUUUAAUAAAAAAUCUUGUAAUGAGUAUAUAAAUCCAUGA